AUGAGAACCUGUUCUUCUGCUCGGGCACGCUCCUCCUUGCCGGUCCGAGUCAUAUCAACAGAACCGGGGGUCUUUUUCCCUCCUGAAACCUCAGAAUCACUCUUGCUCGCUCCUUUGCAGUGUCGUAGACCGGCAAGGGUUGUAGUUUCCAGCGGGACCGCGAAUUUUUUUACUUUUUACUCAUUUUUCUCCCCAACUCGUACUCAUACUCAUUUCGCUCACACAGCGGCGAGGCAUACAUGCACAAUGUAUAUUGUACAAUACACCGCUCACCAGUGGAGUAAGAUUUCGAGUCUUAGUCUCUUUUAUUCUCAUUUGCGAGAAGAGAGCAUGGGGACAAAGGCUGAACUUGGCGGUAUGAGCCGGCCGUCGAAAGCCGUGACCCAGGUAAAGAAGGUGGCACCACCGGCCGUGCCCGAUGUCUUCCGACACUCAGGUUCGUCCUUUGGAUCGGCAGGAUACGCCAGCAGCGAGGACGGAGGCUUCCUGUCGAGUGGCGGGGGUGUUCCUGGUGACGACGGGUCCUAUGGAAUGCCAGCGGGAAAGAGCCCGGGUCCCAUUUACACGCAUCCUGGAUUCGCAUUCCCACCAGUCGUUGGCAAAUAUGCUCACGCUGAGGAUCAAGGUAUCGACAUGACACAAAGCCCAGGACGUGACAGCCCAGGCAGCUCAGGCUCAGGAUCCGGGUCGAGACACUCAACCGCGUCAUUGGACUCAGGACGAGCUUCAGGCUACCACUUGGGCCCUCGAGGACUUGGCUCCGGAGGCGCUCUCACCUCCUCGCCGAGGUGUUCCAUUAGCUCGCUGGGAAGUCAUCCCGACCGGCCCUCGGAUCUUGAUGUCCACGCCUGGCUCACCGAGCUCCAGUUCGAGGAGUACUUUCAGCUCUUCUCUUCCGCAGGAAAGCGUCUAAAGGCGGAGAUCGACAAUCUGAACGUGGGCGAUGGCCUGCCAGAACACAUACCCGGCUCAUUAGAGGAAUGGUUACGACUGCUGCGACUGGAGGAGUACUUGGGAGCGUUGCACCAGCAAGGCAUGAGAUCCGUGGAGGACGUCACGACUCUAACUUGGGAGGAUCUCGAGGACAUAGGUAUCGUCAGACUGGGUCACCAGAAGAAGCUAUUGCUGGCAAUUAAGCGAGUUAAGGACAUACGAGCAGGCAAGAGGAUCCAGCCGCUGGAUUUAGCAAGACUUCCUCCGCAUCCUGGACACACUCAGGACGUCGUUAUCCAGCGAGGAGGCUCGGAUCUUCCGUCGCCGGACGAGGACUGCUCGUCUCCGGUCCUGAGGUCUUUCCAGCGGAACGAGUCUUCGCCCUGGAGGAGCAUGUACGCGGCUUUGCCCGCUGGAGUAGAUUACGCGACAGUGGGUCGCGGACCGAGAGGAAAAUCACUGGAGAGUCUCGAGGAUGCUCCGCUGACUUAUCCGCCCUCACCGGCGCCGUCAUCGCACGCAGACACGAUAAAUUGGCGGCCGAGGUGCUUCGAAGACGGGGACGUCACGCCGACCAACGAAGUCUAUGAUAAGUCGGUGAUCGAAGCCGGUGGCAACACUCUUCCUAGACCCAGACACUGUCUCGUGCGUCCGAGACCCGUCGCCAAGCUGUUGGACCAGGUCACCGCAACGCCAGGACAGUUCAAAUCUCUGCCUCGAGACUUUGACAACAAGUACCAGCUGACAUACGGGCUGGAGAGCAGCCCACAUUUGUCGAAACGCCGGCCACCUUCUCCUCCUCGCCGUCAGAGCUCCAGAGAUUUGGGGAAUAAUGGAAACGGUGAUGUUGUUAUCGAUUGCAGUGGUCCGGUGCCUACCACCUGCGAGGAACAUCAUCUUCAUCAUCAUCAUUUGCAUCAUCAACAACCUCCUCCUCCCGCGCCCAGUGGAGCGCCUUCUACUCCACAAAUGCACCGGCCAUCUUCUUCCAUGUCCCGCUCUUGGGGUAGUUCAAGUUCGAGUACAGAAUCUGAUUCUCUACCAUUUGCGAAUGAGAACGCGGGUACAAUAAAACAACGUGUAGCGAGAGUUCAGGAGUACGGGCAAAACUCCCCAAAUUUAAGCGGUCACAUAAUGGGGCACCACCAGCAGCAUCACUCUCACCACCACCAUCCGCAGCACCACCAUCACGUAGUUGGAAAUGAAUCCGGGCGAGAUGAGCCCGCAGACGUAUUAAAUGACAUCGGUAACAUGCUGGCCAACUUGACAGAUGAGCUGGACGCGAUGCUCGAGGAGGAAAAACGGCAAGGGCUCAGUUCAUAA